GUGGAGCGGUUGAUGCGGGAGUCUGUAUAUUGACUUACCUGGUGCGGCCAGGGACUGGAGUUAGGGCGCUACCCUCGUGGGUUUCAGUGCUGGAGGAGGCCAGAAGAGGGCGCUGGAUCUCCUGGGACUUGAAUUAAAGUUGAUUGUGAGCCAUAGUGUGGGCAUUGGGGAUCAAGCCCCCAUCCACUGGAAGAGCAGCCAGGACUCUUAAACAUUGAGCAGUUUCUCCAGCCAGUAGAAGCCACUCAUUUUUCAUCUACCCUUUUUUCAGUAUCUGGCACCAAUACUGGCCCAUCAUUUGUGGCCCAUGGCUCUUGUGGUAUGCCGAAGAGUUACAGGCAGUUUCUGUGGAACAUCUCUAAUGAAGCACCAUAUAAACAAGAACGUGUGACUUUUCUCUGACUGCCAAAAAGAUCAGCACAGACUCCAGAAUGUCAGCCACUCUCAAGCUAUUAAAACUUUUAAAAUACAAAGCAUCUUGUAAUCCUUCUGCUUACCAUGCAGCCCAAAGCAUGGCAUAUUGGCCUAUGGAAAACAUCGCACAGCAUGGGGGACAGAAUCUCCCUAAACAUAAUAGCUCCUGCCAUCUUGCCAGAAAAGUUAAGAACAUUGGUGAUACCACCCUGUCUCAGAGAGCCUUCACAACCAGCAGUGCCCACCUGGGUUUGGAAUUCAACAAAGCUUCUGCGCUCAAGGCCAGUGCAUUGCAUCCAGACUCACCCAGUGCCAGAAGAGGCGAAGAGGAUGUAGAGGUCUUUGAUUCCUUCGAAGGAACCCGAGUUUUCUUAAAGCUAAGGCCAGAGUACCAGCUUCACAGCUAUAACAGAAGUGAGACUCGCCAACCCUUAUCUGCCUCAGAAGGUGAACUAAUUUUGCACAAAGUCACAUUUUAUGAAGAUAAACUCCAGCCAGAAGUCAUAACUAAUUAUUUUUGUAAGCUCAGCUCUUUGCCAGCAGAACAGAGUUCCGUUUUGCUGUGCAGUAACAGCUUUGCUUUGCUCUGUCAUCAGAGUGUGAGAAACAUACAGCUCUUUAACACCUCAGACCUGGUCAGUAUUCUGAAAGCCUUUGUCGACCUAAGAAUCCCCUUCUCCGCCUCGAUGCUAGAUGUGUAUGAAACCAGGUUUUGCCAUCAGGUAUGGGGGAUGAACCUGGAUCAGCUUCUCCUCGUGGCUGAUCUUUGGCGGAACUUAGGCCGCAGAGUGCCUCGAUUUUUAAAAAUUUUUUUUAGCUACCUUAAUUUGCACUGGAGAGAGCUAUCUUUGUCUCAGCUAAUUCACUUAAUUUAUAUUAUAGGUGAAAAUCGUCAAGUACCACAGGACCUGAUGCAAAAACUAGAAUCACUGAUCCUUAAGUAUAUAGAUUCAGUCAAUUUAGAGGAAGUUGGUACCAUCUGUUUGGGUUUUUUUAAAUCAAGUACUAGCCUCUCUGAAUUUGUCAUGCGGAAAAUUGGAGAUCUAGCUUGUGCUAAUAUGCAGGAUGUGCGUAGCCACACCUUAGUUCAUAUUCUUAAAAUGUUCCGCUUCACUCACGUAGAUCAUGUAAAUUUCAUGAGGCAGUUUGGAGAAAUUGCUCCUCAGAGAAUUCCUUCCUUGGGGGUUCAGGGUGUUAUGCACCUUACCCUUGCCUGCUCAGCCUUACGUAUCCUGGAUGAAAGAGUAAUGAAUGCAGUAGCUGCCUCUUUGCCUCCAAGGGUAGCACACUGUCGAAGUAAAGAUGUUGCCAAAAUUCUGUGGUCGUUUGGAACUCUGAAUUAUAAGCCACCGAACACAGAAGAAUUUUAUUCCAGUCUGAUAAAUGAAAUCCACAGAAAGAUGCCUGAAUUCAACCAGUACCCAGAGCACCUUCUCACCUGCCUGAUUGGCUUGGCAUUUUCUGAGUACUUUCCAGCUGAAUUCAUAAAUGUUGCUCUGAGCCCAGGGUUUGUCAAGUUAGCUCAAAUGAGAAGUAAGUUUGAACUCACUAAGGAACUGUUUACUCUUGAUGGUACAGUUGCCAUUGAAUGUCCAGAUUACAAGGGCAACCGCCUUAAUUCUCACCUUCAGCAAGAAGCAUCUGCAAAUCUGUGGAGUUUAGCAAACAAGGACAUGAGAUCAAAGCCUGAAUUCCUAGAAACUCUCUACUUACUUGAGACCAUGUUGGGUGGCCCACAGUACAUCAAGCACCAUAUGAUUUUACCUCAUACUCGAUCUUCUGACUUAGAGGUUCAGCUUGAUGCUAACAUGAAGCCAUUACCAUUUAAUAGUGAAGCAACACCAACUGAAGAUGUAGCCCAAUUACGACUUAAGCAAGUGGGAGUCAGCCUUACAGAUGAUUUGAUGAAUCAGUUGCUAAAGGGAAAAGCCAAGAGGUAUUUCCAGGGGGAAACUGAGUUAGAGACUGGCCAGCUAUCCAUCGAGUUAAGAAAGAAGACAACUGUACCCUUGGUGGACUCUGAUUGCAAUGGAGCAGAUAGAUUGGGGGAUACGGGAAUAGCUGGCUUGUGCCCUCUCACCCACAUGCAGACCCCACUAGUAAAGCUAGCUAUCCAGUUUACAAACAAGAACCAAUACUGCUAUGGUUCCAGGGAUCUUCUUGGAUUGCACAAUAUGAAGAGAAGGCAGCUGGUUCAAAUUGGGUACCGUGUGGUAGAAUUACCCCACUGGGAAUGGCUUCCAUUACUGAAAAGAACUCGCUUAGAGAAGCUAGCAUACCUCCAUGAGAAAGUGUUCACCUCUGCUCUCUGAAGGGCACUCAUGGGCAUUUAUGCUCAUAAAAGGAACAGGUGCAUACCCUAUAUCUGUAGGUUAAGGAUCCUUAACCAGAAAAUCAAAGUCAAAUGUCCUAAAAUCUGGAACUGAGUACUGAUCUCAGAUCAGGGACAUUCAAGUGGUAGUCUAUGCAGAUACCCUGGACUUCAAAUCUCAAACACCUCUAGUCUCAAGUAUUUGAUACAGGGAUGCUCAAGCUGUCUUUCAAGUAAUUCUAAAAGCCAGAGUGCAGGUGGGUAAUAAAACCAUCUGUUGAGUAGCCAUGGGUGUACUCUUCUGUUGCAGAGCCAGUAGCAAUUGUAUGUUACUGCAGGUUGUGUUAUAUACUCUAGUUGUAUGUUUUGCUCAGAAUAAAUAAGCUUCUUCAAAAUGAGGUUGAUCCACAAA